CAUAAGUGUCUUUUCUUUUCCUUUGCUUUGCUUUCUUUUCCAAGGCUAGCUUUGUUUCUUUAAGGGGCCUGACUAUAUACGUAGUGGUGGUAAUAUCGGCUCUAAAGAAUUAAAGAAACAAUGUUGGCUGAUUUCAUGCCAUUCUUGGCCAAUGUUCUGCUGCAAGUAGGCUAUGCAGGCAUGAACAUUACAUCAAAGCUGGCCCUGGAAUCUGGAAUGAAACCUCUUAUUCUUGUUGCUUACCGUCAAAUCUUUGCCACCCUCGCCAUUGCUCCUUUUGCCUUUUUCUUAGAGCGGAAAACAAGGCCUAAGCUCACCAUGCCAAUUCUUUUCCAGAUUUUCUUAUGUUCACUGACAGGGGCAACAGCAAACCAGGUUUUUUAUUUUGUAGGGCUGCAAAAUACUACUGCAACGAUUGCAUGUGCAUUGAACAAUGUACUGCCAGCAGCCACAUUUCUCCUCGCAGCCAUUUGCAGACAAGAAGCUGUGGGGAUAAAGAAAGCAUCAGGGCAGGCUAAGGUAAUAGGUACUUUGGUAUGUGUUGGUGGAGCUAUGUUGCUGUCAUUUUACCAUGGACACAUCAUCGGCAUAGGUGAAUCCAGCAUUCACUGGAACUAUGCCAAUAAAAUGGCAAAUUCAAGUCCCAGCCCUAGUGGUUCAAACUUCUUCCUGGGUCCUUUCCUUGUAAUGGCCAGUGCUGUUGCUUGGGCACUAUGGUUCAUAAUCCAGGGACAAACAAGCAAGAGCUUCCCAGCUCCUUACACAAGCACUACUCUAAUGUGCUUCAUGGCGAGCAUUGAGUGUACAAUAAUCGGCAUAUUUUCAGACCCCAAGCCAUCUGCUUGGUCAUUGAGCUCCAGCAUGAGGCUUAUUGCAGCUCUUUAUGCGGGAAUUAUAUGUAAUGCAGUAGCAUUCUGCGUAAUGUCAUGGUGCAUCCAGAAAAGAGGUCCUCUCUAUGUCUCAGUGUUCAGCCCUUUGCUGCUUGUCAUUGUGGCUAUUCUAAGUUGGGCCCUGCUUCGUGAGAAACUAUAUGUGGGAACUGUUGUAGGGUCACUGCUGAUAGUUGGCGGACUGUAUGCUGUCCUGUGGGGAAAAGAUAAAGAGAUGAAACAGAUGAAAGGCAAUGAAAAAGGAGGAGGAGGAGGAGAGCAAGUAGUAGUAGAAGAAGGGGCAGUGGAAGUCACUAAAGCUGGUGACAGAGAUCAUGACUUGGAGAUGCAGUUGCAGCAAGGCGGCGGCGCCCGUGGUUAACUAGGGCGUACGGAAUCCAAAAAAAGAAAUGUUAACAUAUAUGUAUGAAUGUAGAAGGCUGCUGUGACACCCCAGCAGAGUGUUUUAGUGGGUUUUAUUUUGUUCUUGGAUCCAGCUGUUAAAGAGUUUUUAGUAUGUUUAGCUAUUAUUAAUAAUAAUCUUUCUUUCCUCAUUACAAAACAA